AGAGAGGAGAGGCAGUGCGAGGGCAACGCCUCACAGCACCGGGAAUCUCUCUCUAUCUCCAUCUCUCUCUCUCUUUCCCCCCUCCUCUGUCUCUGAAGCGUAAAAAACCAAAGGACUCUCAUCUACCAUUCAGUCUCAUCUGUAUGAGGCUGCUGCUCUCCCAUUUUUAAGCCUCUCUUUACCCCCCCACAGUUCAAAAUUCUCCUUCGUUUCUUCCUAAUUUUGCUCCUCCACCUGCUGAAGGAUGAACUGAUGACCACAAACCAGGAUUAUUCUUUUUUCUUGUGUGUCUUUUAGGAGGCAGCAUCUUUUUUACUGGAGUCAUCUUUGUUCUCACAGCUGCUGAGUGUACUAGUGGGGAAAUAGGUUAGUGUGCCUGUUCGGUGCCGGGCAGCAGAGGUGAUUGAAUGUGCUGUACACGGAGGAGACGAAGAAGAGGGGGAUGCCUUCCUGGCGGUAGCGCUCUGUAGCCCGGCGACCACUCUGGGAGAGAGACUGGGUGAUGCUGGCGCUGAACUCUGACCUUUAGCGGAAGUGUCAGCGACGAAAAUUCAGGAUAGAAAAAGCAAAAAAUACAGACUUUUAUUUUUGCAUUUUUGUAGUCGUGAAACAGGGCUGACCUGUGUGUCUGCUGUGUGUGGACACCAUGGACAUCAACCUGCAGUCGCACCGGUUCUACUUCCCCCAGAUCUACUGUGCUGAACCGGGGGCACAGCCACAGCUCACUGAGUUCAAAGUCAGUGAGCAGAGUAUCUGCCAGGCGCGAGCCUCCGUCAUGGUCUACGAUGACACCAGUAAGAAGUGGGUGCCCAUCAAGCCUGGACAGCAGGGAUUCAGCCGCAUCAACAUCUACCACAACACUGCCAACAACACCUUCAGAGUGGUGGGCGUCAAACUGCAGGACCAGCAGGUGGUGAUCAACUACUCCAUAGUGAAGGGCCUCAAGUACAACCAGGCCACCCCGACCUUCCACCAGUGGCGGGACGCCAGGCAGGUCUAUGGCCUCAACUUUGCCAGCAAGGAGGAGGCCACCACCUUCUCCAACGCCAUGCUCUUUGCCCUCAACGUCCUCAGCGCUCAGGAUGGAGGUCCAGCUGUCCAGCGCCAAGUCCAGAAUGGACCAACUUCAGAUGAGCUAGAAGUUCAGAGAGCCAGGCAGAUGAUGGAGCAGCAGCAGCAAAUGCAGGCACACAUGGAGCGGGAGCGACGGACGUCCAACUCAGGUUCUCCUUUCCAAGGCCACCCUGCUGUGCUCUCUGUGGCCCCCCCAGUAAUACCUCCUCCAAUGAACAUGGGCGGCCCUCCUCCACCUCCACCACCGCCGGGGCCUCCACCGCCUUCAGCAGGGGCACCGCCACCUCCUCUCCCACCACCACUUCCCAUGUGUGGAGGGAGUCACGCGGAUGAACCCCCCGCCCAGACGGGUCUCGCCGCCAUGAUCGCCGGAGCCAAACUGCGCCGUGUUCAAAGACCCCAAGACGACAGCUCUUCAAGCUCUUCAGGCGCCACCAAAAACGAUGCCAACCGAUCAAGCGGAGGAAGCGGAGGAGGACUGAUGGAGGAGAUGAACGCCCUGUUGGCGCGAAGAAGAAAAGCAGCAUCAGAGAGGCCAGAUGACAGCCAAAACGAUGAUCCAAAUUGUCCGUCACCCAGCACCCGAGGUGGACAGAAUGCCUCAGAUGGUGCAAAGAAGCCGUGGGACCGAGCUAACUCUGCAGACCGGUCGAUGGUUUCAAGGGUACGGCCCGCGGGGGGCAGCAUCGACUCAGACUCGUUAGACCUCGAUAGAAUGAAACAGGAAAUCUUGGAAGAGGUGUUUCGUGAAUUGCACAAAGUGAAGGAUGAAAUCAUCGAUGCCAUUAGACAUGAACUCAGUCGAAUUAGCACGACAUAAUCUUUCAGAGCCACUCCCCCGACAUGAACCACCUUUUUGAACCAUUGCCCCUGCAGCAGCGGCUGUGGACCUGAGGAGGAGGAGGAGGAGAAGUCUGGAACGGAGGCCCAAACUGUGACAUCUACUCAUCCUGUUCAGCUGCGGUGUUGAAGCAACGUCGCUGCAACACCUCAGACAUGUCUGUGUAACAUUUGGUUUGUUUGUUUGGACGUGAAUGGGGCACACUCACCCUCGCACUGAUUCCUCUGAUUUCCUCACGUUCUGUUUCUGUUUGUUCGCCCAGUUCGCCCCUCUGUCCUCGGCCUGAAGGAAAAUGGAUAAAAUAAAUAUGAUUUUAUUUGUUUUGCUUUUUUUUUCCUCCACAAACUUUUUAUAAUUAUUAUUAUUAUUAUUACUAUCAUUUUCAUCAUUAUUACUAUCAUUUUUAUUAUUAUAACUAUCAUUUUUUAUGAUUGUCAAUGUCAUGUUGAUAUGAGUAGUAGUAGUGUAGUGAGUACAAUGGUAAUAAUGAGGAAAUGAUCAUGAGAAUAUGAUAGUAAUGAUAAUGUUGAUAAUUAUAAUUGCACACCAUUUUAUGUCAGCCUUUUGUAUUUUAUAUUGUUUGUUUUAAUUUGUUUUAGUUUCAAGCACAUCCCAAAAAAAAAAAUUCACAUCAUCUAACCUGGAACAUUUUUUUAAAAGGUUUUUUAUCCUUUUCGCCAACACAGCUAUGUGUGGAAACACAGCCGGAAAAUACAGGCUCCGACCUGAACCCGAGGGUGGAAUAAACUUCUUUGGAUAUUGCAAUCUUAUAAACAAAAAAAAUAAAUAAAUAAUACACCAGAGUAUUUGUGAUCAUGUUGUUAAUAAAAAUGUUUAUCGGCUGCAAGGAUAUGGUGAAGUAUUGUUCGUUUUAUUCUCUCCUUUUAUGACAAAGUGCUUCCUGGUUUGACAACAACAACAAAAAAAGAAACGCACUAAGUUUAAAAUGAAUUCAAAUAAAACUGUGAACAAUGUCUUGGAUAAAUGA